UCCCUACUAGUAUACAAAUCGCUCCCAGAACUUUCUACUGCUCUUCUUCACCCCCAAAACCCAUUUCUCUCCUCGUCGAUCUCCCUCUGUUCCUAUGGCGGCGGCCAUGAGAAGCGCGCUGCUAAAGCACCUGAGAGUGGAAGUCAUUGCACUGCGAAACCCUUCCCCUAACCCUAGUGGCCCAUUUUUUCGGCUGAUCGGACCGACCCGUCAUUUCUGCGAGGAAGCGAGAGGCUCCUUCCUUGAUAAAUCCGAAGUCACCGACCGUGUCAUCACCGUCGUCAAGAACUUUCAGAAAGUCGAUCCCGCUAAGGUUACGCCCAAUGCUCACUUCCAAAAAGAUCUCGGUUUAGAUAGUUUGGACACCGUGGAGAUUGUAAUGGCCUUUGAAGAAGAGUUUGGGUUUGAGAUUCCCGACAACGAAGCAGACAAGAUCAAUUCAAUCAAUCUUGCUGUUGACUUCAUUGCAUCCCACCCACAGGCAAAAUAAGGAAACAAGAAGCUGCAUGCAAUUUCCUUGAUCAUUUGUUUCUGUUGUAGCUGUAAAUCCUCUCUUUGGAGGGCUCUUUCAGUCAUAAUUUGAGAUCAUUCGAGAACAAACUUUUUGCGAAUCCGAAACGUUAAGGAUGGAUUUGAAUUAUGAAUCCUGUUUUAUUUUGAUGAAUUCCAUGAUGCAUGCUCCCUUUUCAACUU